GUUCGUUGGUGUUGAUAUCUUCUUAAGCUAUCGAGGAAUACAUUCGCGUGCUUAUGAGCCCUCAGCAACAAACCCCAACAUGGCAUCGCAAAACACCAAGUAUCUCGUCCAAGGACAAGGCGGUCCAUUGGUGAUGGAAACCACUGCAAAGCCGGCUAUUCUAGAGCCCACAGAGAUUCUAAUCCGCCUCAAAGCCAUUGCCAUAAAUCCGGCCGAUUGCAAAAUGAUUGAUCAGGGCCACAGGAUCACUUCAUGGCCUCUCGUCCCUGGUCUGGAUGGUGCCGGUAUUGUCGAGGCUGUUGGAGCCAACGUGAAGGACUUUUGGCUGGGAGAUAGAGUGCUCGCACUCUUUACGCCUGGAAAUCGGAGUGGAUCAUAUCAGACGUUUGCCGUGGUACAAGAAAGAACAGUGGCCAAGAUACCAACAACAUGGUCCUUUGAAGAUGCAGCAACCUUAGGAGUAUGUUACAUGACUGGCAUAGUAGCGCUCGGAAUCGGCUUACGGACUUCACUGCCGUUUCUCAAAGACGGGCCAACUACAGAAUUCAGUCCAGCCUCCGUUCUGGUCCUUGGUGGCAGCUCUGCACUCGGCGCAGCUACAAUCCAACUUCUUCGUCUUGCAGCACCUGAUUGCACCAUCUUGGCAACUAGCUCCGCAAAGCACCACAGUACCAUCAUUAACACGCUUGGGGCUGACAGGGCCUUUGAUCGAAAUUCGGCGUCACUAGUUAUGGACGUGAGGUCAGCAAGUCCAGGAUCUCGAGGCGUGGACGCAAUCAUUGACGCCGUUGGCGCUGGUGGCACCCAACCAGAUGUUUUUGAUACAUUUGAAAUUAAUGGGCCCAAGAAAUAUGCCCAGGUAUGGACCGGACACGAAGAGAUCAAGGUGCCUACGGGAGUGAACUCGGUUAUGUUCAGGGGUCGGGAUCUACCCAACCUACAGGGAGGCGAGAAUAUAAUGCAAACCUUACAAGAGCUGCUGGAGCAUAGAAAGUAUAAAUUACACUCCACGUGCACAAAGUGGGUGACGGAUUGGGUGGGUUGGAAAGGGGCCUAG